GAUUCACUCUGCCUUCACCGGAGAAGACUACAUUUCCCAUGAUGCAUCUCUCCAGCGCUGCAGCAGCAGCAGCAGUAGCAGAAGGCGCGUCAUCGCUGAUAACAUCGCGCGCUAUGGCUGCGUCUCUGUCUCGUGCUCUGAAAUUACCGGGUAAGAAGGGCUCGGAUCUGGGCGAGUAUGACCCGCUGACGCAGGCUGACAGCGAGGAUGAGACGGAGGACGAUGAUCUGGUGCUGAAUUAUCCUCGUAACGGUCUGAACCCGGCGGUGGCUGAUCUGAGGGGCGAGGAGGAGUUGGAUGAGGAGGAGGAGCUGAGGGAGGGGGCGGGGCAUGAGGUGGGGCCUGGGCGGAGUCAGGGCGGAGCCGCGGAGGAGAAGGCGGCGCGGGUGCGAGGGGCGAUGCGAUCCGCAGCGUUCUUGCUGCCGCUGUCCUGCGCUGCUCUGCUCGUGCUGCUGUGUGCUUUUCUCAUUCCCUGCCCACAGGGGGCGCUGCUCCAGAUGCAGUGGGAGAGAGAGCUCGGAGACACAGCGGGCGUGACGUCACCUCCCAUUGCAUUGUGGGAUGUGGAUGGGGACGGACUGGAGGACGUUUUGAUUGCAGUUACGAACAUCUCCAACGACAGUCAGCCAAUGAGCGCACAGAGCAAAGAGUUAAGCGUGUGGGCUCUCGGCGGCGGUGGAGGGCAGAUGCUCUGGAGGAAGUCGCUCAGAGAGCCGUUGAUCUCUGUUCAGUGUGGACUGCAGACAGGAAGUUCAGAUCCACUGCACUCGUCUGCCUGCGUCCUGAUCAGCUCCGGUCACAUGAUCGCCAUCAACGCCUCCACAGGAUGGACGUUGUGGACGACAGCUGUUGGACAUGUGGUGUCUCACGCUGUUCUGCUGCCGGAUCUACAGGGAGACGCCUUUCCAGACCUGCUGAUCGCAACACUGCCGGAGGACAAGGUGUCUGAUCUGGCUCUGGUCCUGAUCUCUGGCCGCUCUGGUGCUCUGAUCGGCCGGCCGGUGAACUUUAACCUCACGGCUCAGGGGAAGCUGAUUGGUCCGCUGCUGCACGAGACGCAGACGGGAGCCUAUUACGUCAUGUUCGGACUGGGUACGGUGGAGGCCGUCUCUCUCUCCCUCAUCUACAGUAGAGCGACGGGUCAGACAGCGGCGUCUCGAGUUCGUCUGAAGGAUCCCACCUGGGAGCGUCUGAGGAAGAGCAACUCGUCUUCACUCAUUCACAUCAGCAGUGUCUCUGAUCCAGUGGACUUCCUGCUCUCUCUGGUGGUGGGCUCGUGUCAGCGUCUCAGGAAUCUGGACGGAGUGUCAGCACUGAACUGCAGUCGCAGUGACUGGAUUGUGCUGAGUAACUCCAGCAGACGUCUGUCUGUGCUGAGAGCCAGCGACACUCGGCCCAUCUGGAGCCUCAGCCUCGCCUCCAUACACACGUGUCCGGCGGCGGGUCACUUUAACGAUGACGGCGUUCCUGAUCUGCUCGUUCAUCAGUCGGCCAAUGGUGUGAGGAAGGUGCAGAUCAUGGACGGUGCACGGGGGCGGAGCCUGUGGGAGGCGGAGUUUGUGUGUCCUCGUCUGGCGGUGGAGGAUUCGUCGGUCCUGACGGCGUCUGGCCAAUCGGUGUUCCUCUUCUGGGCGGGAGAUCCGCUGGCGCAGCCGCAGAACGUCUCCAAGGCAACGCCCCUCUGCAGAUCACAUGACCGGUGCAUGCGCUCAGAGCGGCGUCUCAUUGGCUGCGUUUGUGUCCCACAGGUGGCAGAGCCGGUCCUCCGCAAGCUCUUCCUGCUCCACCCGAACUAUCCCACAAUCCUCCUGGAGCUCAGCAGCACCACAGACACUGUCCUCAGCGCCGCCGUGAGCUACCAGGCGCAGCAGAAGGACGCGUCCUACAUCAGUGUGUCGUCUCGGCCCUCGUCCGGCCGCGCUCUCGGUGCUCAGGUGCUGCAGACGCUCAGUCUGAGAGCAGCCGCCGCAGACGCCAGGAUCCUACGGCUGACAGACGCAGACAAACCCAGCGCUUUCCAGCUGCGCAAGUUCUUCAGACGCCUGGCCUUCAGACAGUGACGCGCGCCGGACUCAAGCGCUGCAGACCACACACUGAUUAAACCGCAGAGCAAACCCUCAUCUCACACACACACACUCACACACACACUCACACACACACACACACACACACACAGACAUACACACACACACACAGACACACACACACACACAGACACACACACACACACACACA